AUGAAACGAUUUCACUACUUCAGCAACUUAAGAGCUACGAAGAAUUUGAAGGUACAGCACAUUUUAUCAGAGUUUCAUCUCCGGAAAGAAGAGCUCCUGGAAGUGAAACGGCGAAUACAACGGGAGAUGGAGAAAGGCCUUAAGUUGGAAACUCAUAAAACAGCCAGUGUGAAGAUGCUACCCACUUAUGUACGUUCAACUCCAGAUGGCUCAGAGGUGGGUGAUUUCCUGGCGCUGGAUCUGGGAGGCACAAAUUUCCGUGUGAUGUUGGUGAAGGUAGCAGAAGAUGAAACUAAAAGUUGGAAAAUUGCUACCAACAACCAAAUGUAUUCCAUUCCCACCGAUGUUAUGACAGACACAGCAGAAAUUCUCUUUGAUUACAUUGCUGAGUGUAUUUCCAAAUUCCUGGAUCAAUACAACAUGAAAGACAAGAAGCUGCCUCUUGGAUUUACGUUUUCAUUCCCAGUCCGACAUGAAGAUAUUGACAAGGGGAUCCUUCUGAAUUGGACCAAAGGAUUUAAGGCAUCAGGAGCUGAGGGAAACAAUGUGGUAGGACUGCUUCGUGAUGCAAUUAAAAGGAGAGGGGAGUUUGAAAUGGACGUGGUUGCCAUGGUGAAUGACACAGUUGCAACAAUGAUUUCUUGUUACUAUGAAGACCACAGCUGUGAGGUUGGAAUGAUAGUAGGCACUGGCUGUAAUGCGUGUUACAUGGAGGAAAUGAAAAAUGUCGAGUUAGUGGACGGAGAAGAGGGAAGAAUGUGUGUGAACACAGAGCUGGGAGGGUUUGGGGACACGGGUGAGCUUGAGGAGUUUCGCCUGGAAUACGACUGCAUUGUUGACGAAGUGUCUAUCAAUCCGGGGUAUCAGCUAUAUGAGAAGAUUGUUGGUGGGAAGUAUAUGGGCGAGAUUGCACGACUUGUGUUACUGAAACUGGUAAAUCAAAACCUGCUCUUCAAUGGAGAGGCAUCUGAGCAGCUAAAAACACGAGGGAGCUUUGAAACAAGAUUCCUCUCACAAAUAGAAAGUGAUACAGGUGACCAGAAGCAAAUCUAUAAUGUACUGACUACACUAGGUUUGAUGCCCUCCAAGGUAGACUGUGAUAUUGUCCAUUUGGCAUGCACGAGUGUGUCAACACGGGCAGCACACAUUUGUGCAGCUGGACUGGCAGGUGUCAUAAAUCGGAUGUGGGAGAACAAGAACAAAGGAACGAUGAAGAUCACAGUUGGAAUUGAUGGAUCAGUUUACAAGUUACAUCCUCACUUCAAACACAGGUUUCAUGCGAUGGUUAGAGAACUUGCACCCGACUGUGACAUCACUUUCCUUCAGUCCAAUGAAGGCAGCAGUCGAGGGGCAGCAUUAAUCUCUGCAGUGGCACGCAAGAUGGCCAGCUGA